AUGUUUCAUUUUAUUUUACAGACUGAACAGGGUAAUAAAUUAAAAGUAUUAUUUGGAAAAGAUUAAAACUAUCGACAGCAAAAUGUCGGCUGGAAUGUCUUUGCUUUCGCAAAUCGACACAAGCGCGUCGGUACAACAGCCAGCACAGCUGCUCAAUUGGGUUUACCUGACACUACAAGAGCCGCAGCAGAAUACACGUCAAGUUAUGCCCGGCCCAAAUCCAGCAGCUAGGUACCAUGUACCGCAAAGGGAAACUGUACUCAAUCAAAACUCAAUGGCGAAAGAGCCUUCGCUCUUUUCCCCGAUGUAUUUGUUCCCUGAUUUCCUACUGCCACAGACGGAUGCCUUUCACCAGUCAUCGGCCUCUGACUCGUUUUCAAGCUUUUCAAGCAGCCCCCCGCCGUCUCCUUUCGACAGUAUCGGUGAUUUGGUCGAGGGUUUCGGAGAUUUAACCCUGGGAUUCCAAACUCAAACGACAAAGUUGCCACCAGCAAAUUAUUUGUGUCACCUCUGCUUUACCAAAGGCCAUUAUAUAAAGGAUUGCCCACACGCACGACCAAAAGGAGAAGGCCUGACGCCAUACCAGGGCAAGAAACGUUGCUUCGGCGAGUACAAAUGCUCGAAAUGCAAACGAAAAUGGAUGAGUGGUAACAGCUGGGCGAACAUGGGACAAGACUGCAUAAAGUGUCAUAUCAACGUAUACCCGCACAAACAGAGACCAUUAGAAAAACCGGACGGUUUAGACGUUUCUGAUCAGAGCAAAGAACACCCGCAACACCUAUGUGAAAAAUGUAAAGCACUUGGCUACUACUGUCGUCGAAUUCUAUAAAUAUACGUGUAAAGUAUAAGUAUACAUAUACUGAUGGACACUUUUCAAUUUUAACCAGCUUUUUCAGAUUUUUUUUUGUAACAAAAGCGACCUUAAUGUAAUAACUAAAUAUCGGUACAAAAUAAUUGCCGAAAGGUCUGUUUCUGAUGUAUAUUAAGCCUUGAAGUAACAGGUUAAAUGUUACUAAUAUAAUUGUGUGUACAUUAUGUUUCUGCUAUCUUGCCGCCAAAAACGCAGAAUUGUUGAUAUUUUAAUAUUAUUUCAUUGUAAAUACCCCUUUUACUUUUUCAUACCACCAAUUUCUUCAAGAGUGUGCCUAUGCCUUUCUUUUGUGCAUGGUCAACAAAUUUAGCUUUUACUCUUUUGUUUUACCAUUUUUUACUCCCCGUUGGUGACACAUGUAGUGAUAUUUUUAUUGCGCAACACUGCAAAAACUGUCCGUGCAUCACUGAGAAUUCGUCAGUCUCAGAGAUGUGGUCAAUUGAUAGUCAUUCUUAUUUGUGUCCCAAGACAGCGCAACGCCAAUAGGUGAAACCUUUUUAAAUAGUAUCAUAGCGUACCAGUAUCCGUUUGAACUUUAAAUGCACUGAAAAUGUUGCUCGGUCCACAUGCGUACUUUUGUAUAUUUCCGCUACGCCACGAAAGUGGGCCUAGAUUUGCUAUUUGUAUAUAAUAUUGCAUCAGUGAUUUAUACUGUAAAAUGUCACCUAUACCCACGCCUGUAUAUUAUGUAUAUAUUCUGCUCUUUUUCGAGGUUUAUCGUUUUUACUAUACUUGCUGGUUUGUAUGAAUUCCGAUUUUUUGCGUAAAUUGCCAAUACACAAACUUUAAAAUUA